AUUUUAGAAUGAGGUGCCUUAAGACUGUCCAUAAUUUUAAAGGGUGCCUCGGGACUGUCCAUAAUUGUAAAGGGUGCCUCGGGACUGUCCAUAAUUGUAAAGGGUUCCUCAGGACUGCCCAUAUUUGUAAAGGGUUCCUCAGGACUGCCCAUAAUUGCAAAGGGUGCCUUAGGACUGUCCAUAAUUGUAAAGGGUUCCUCAAGACUGUCCAUAAUUUUAAAGAGUUCCUCAGGACUGCCCAUAAUUGUAAAGGGUUCCUCAGGACUGUCCAUAAUUGUAAAGGGUUCCUCAAGACUGUCCAUAAUUGUAAAGGGUUCCUCAGGACUGCCCAUAAUUGUAAAGGGUUCCUCAGGACUGUCCAUAAUUGUAAAGGGUGCCUCGGGACUGUCAAU